AUGUCUUCGCUUCGGCAUAUUAAAGACUUUAUCUGCCAGCGUCUAACUGCGGCUGCUGAAGAAAUAUUCACAGAGUUUGAAAAAACCGUCGUCCAUUACGAGAAAGAGAUCGAUCGUCAGCGCCGGCUGUUGGAAAUCACAUUGAGCCCCCGAGUGAAGCUGCACAGAAUAGACUUUAUCUGCCAGCGUCUAACUGCGGCUGCUGAAGAAAUAUUCACAGAGUUUGAAAAAACCGUCGUCAUCUUGAUGGCCAUCAAAGAACUCACUCGGAUGAGAAACCUUAUAUGUGCACUAUAUGUGGGAGAGGUUUUUCUCGAAAAAGUAUUCUUGAUGUCCAUAAAAGAACCCACUCGGGUGAAGGUGGCCGGAUUGAGGCCGAGACAGGUGGUCACCCUGAGAGCCAGAUCCACGGAUGAGAGAGGAGUGGUGUUCAGCUCCUCCGCCUCCUACCAGGCAGAUGGCGGAGGGGAGAUCCACCUGGACAGGGACCCCUCCAUCGGGGGGAGCUACGUGGGAGUGGAACCAAUGGGUCUCCUGAGAUCCCUGCGGCCAGAAGCCUUGCACAAGGACUUUUAUAAGAACAAGACAUUACACUCUCAUAUCGUAAACUUCUUUGUGCAUGAGGACGGGAUUCUGGCGGGGUCGACCGAUGAGAGGCUUCUGAUGGGAGACGGGAUCUUUCGGGUGAAGGUGGCCGGGCUGAAGGCCAGGCAGGUGGUCACCCUGAGAGCCAGCUCCACCGACGAGAAGGGCGUGGUGUUCAGCUCCUGGGCCACCUACAGGGCCGAUGGCAGCGGGGAGCUCCACCUGGACAGGGACCCCUCCGUCGGGGGGAGCUACGUCGGGGUGGAGCCCAUGGGCCUGCUGUGGUCCAUGAGGGCGGACAGCCUGCACAAAAGGUUUCAGAAGACAAAUCCCCUCAACCCCCACGUGGUGAACUUCUCUGUGCACGAGGAGGAGGGCGGCACGCUGGCGGAGGCGACCAAUGAGAGGCUUCUGAUGGGGGACGGGGUCAGCCGGGUUCCUGUCAAAGAGGGGAACAUUCGUGGAGUGCUGUUUACCCCCCCAGGAGAAGGGCCGUUCCCCGCUGUGUUGGAUCUGUACACGUUCGGCGGAGGCCUGUCGGAGAAAAGAGCCUCUCUGCUGGCCAGCCGAGGGUUCCUGGUCCUGACUGUAGCGCUGUACGGCCAUGACGACCUGCCAAAGAACAUCCAGGAAAUCCACUUGGAUUAUUUUGAGGAAGCUGUGGAGUUUUUAAGGAAACAAGAUAAGGUAGGCAGCAGAGGAGUUGGUGUAAUAUCUCUUUCAAAGAGCGGGGACCUUGCUUUAUCCAUAGCCUCUUUCCUGCCAAAUGUUGAGGCUGUGGUUUGGAUCAACGGCUGCUCUGCCAAUACAGCUUUACCCCUCUAUUAUAAGAAAAAGCAGGUCCUUCCUGCAUUAAUGUUUGACUUUAAAAAAGUCAUUCCCACUGAAUCCGGAGCCAUCAUUUCUAAAUAUGCCAUGCACGACCCUCUAACGAAAGAGAACAAAGCCACCUUGGUCCCCAUUGAACGUGCCAGUGGGCGUUUCCUCUUUGUGGCAGCAGAGGACGACCUGAACUGGGACAGCAAAGCCUACAUGGAGGACAUGCUGGAGAGGCUGAAGCGCCACGGGAAGGACAACUUUGAGAGCGUGAGUUAUCCAGGAGCCGGGCACUAUUUGGAGCCGCCUUAUGGGCCGUACUGCCCCUCCAGCUUCCAUGGGGUCGUAGGCAAGCCAGUCCUGUGGGGGGGGGUGCCCAGGUCUCAUGCAGCAGCUGAAGUCCACCUGUGGAAGAAGAUCCAAGAGUUCUUCAGGAGAAAUCAUAUGAGAGACUUUAUCUGCCAGCGUCUAACUGCGGCUGCUGAAGAAAUAUUCACAGAGUUUGAAAAAACCGUCGUCCAUUACGAGGAAGAGAUCGAUCGUCAGCGCCGGCUGUUGGAAAUCACAUUGAGCCCCCGAGUGCAGCUGCACAGAAUAGAUUUCAUCUUGGAAGAACGAUUGAAGCAUAUGAGAGACUUUAUCUGCCAGCGUCUAACUGCGGCUGCUGAACAAAUAUUCACAGAGUUUGAAAAAACCGUCGUCCAUUACGAGGAAGAGAUCGAUCGUCAGCGCCGGCUGUUGGAAAUCACAUUAAGCCCCCGCGUGCAGCUGCACAGAAUAGUAUCCUUGAUGUCCAUAAAAGAACCCACUCGGGAGAGUGAUCGGUUUCUUGUGGAAUUUGUGGGAAAGAUUUUAUCCUGGACUAACGAUUGA